CACCUCUCCACGGCGAGCGGGGAGCUGCAGGCGGACGCCUCCUUCAUGCAAACCCUCUGGAACAUGAACCCCAUCUGCUCCGGCUCGGAGGAAGGCUACGUGACGGGUGGCCACGUCAUGCGUCUCUUCCACGGCCACAUGGACGAGUGUCUGACCACCUCCGCGCCAGAGCAGGGCGAGGAGCGCAGCAGUGUGGUGAACUACGAGGGAGGAGCCGUUUGCACCCACGCUCGGUCCCUUUGGCGCCUGGAGCCCCUGCGCAUCAGCUGGAGUGGGAGCCACCUGAAGUGGGGCCAGCCCUUCCGCCUGCGACACGUCACCACGGGACGUUACCUGGCGCUGACGGAGGACAAGGGUCUGGCCGUGGUGGAGGCGGCCGCCGCCAACACCCGCGCCUCCGCCUUCUGCUUCCGUGCCUCUAAGGAGAAACUGGAGGUGGUGGCCAAGCGGGACGUGGAGGGGAUGGGGACCCCCGAGAUCAAGUACGGGGAGUCCCUCUGCUUUGUGCAGCACGUGGCCAGCGGGCUCUGGCUCACCUACGCCGCUGCCGACACCAAGGCCAUGCGCCUUGGGCUGCUCAAGAGGAAGGUGGGGGGCUUCGGGGGGGCCUGGGCCUCGUUGAUCCGGGGAAACCGCGCCAACUGCGCCCUCUUCUCCACCAACCUGGACUGGCUGGUCAGCAAGCUGGACCGGCUGGAGGCCUCCUCGGGUAUCCUGGAGGUGCUGUACUGCGUCCUCAUUGAAAGCCCCGAGGUCCUCAACAUCAUCCAGGAGAACCACAUCAAGUCCAUCAUCUCCCUCCUGGACAAGCACGGCCGCAACCACAAAGUGCUGGAUGUGCUCUGCUCCCUCUGUGUCUGCAAUGCCGUGGCCGUCCGCUCCAACCAGAACCUCAUCACCGAGAACCUCCUGCCCCGGCGGGACCUACUGCUCCAGACUGGGCUGGUCAACUACGUCACCAGCGUGCGCCCCAACAUCUUCCUGGGCACGCACGAGGGCUCGACGCAGUACAGCAAGUGGUACUUCGAGGUGGCGGUGGAGCGGGUGCAGCCCUUCCUCACGGCGCAGCCCACCCACCUCCGGGUGGGCUGGGCGGCAGCCGGGGGCUACAGCCCCUACCCGGGGGGGGGCGAAGGCUGGGGGGGCAAGGGAGCCGGUGACGACCUCUGCUCCUUCGCCUUCGACGGUCUCCACCUCUGGACAGCCGCCCAGGGGGUGCCACGGGGACGGGGGGACAAGUCUCGCAUCUUCCGGGCGGAACGGAGCUACGCGGUGCGGGCCGGCAAGUGGUACUUCGAGUUCGAGGCCGUCACCACCGGGGAGAUGCGGGUGGGCUGGGCACGUCCCCACCUGCGCCCCGACACCGAGCUGGGUGCCGAUGACCUCGCCUACGUCUUCAAUGGGCACCGGGCACAGCGCUGGCACGUGGGCAGCGAACCCUUCGGCCGGACCUGGCAGGCGGGGGACGUGGUGGGCUGCAUGAUCGACCUGACGGAGAGCCACAUCACCUUCACCCUCAACGGCGAGGUCCUCAUCAGCGACGCCGGCUCCGAGCUGGCCUUCAAGGACUUCGACGUGGGCGAGGGCUUCGUGCCGGUGUGCAGCCUGGGGCUGGAGCAGGAGGGGCGGCUGAACCUGGGGCAGGAGGUGGGCAGCCUGCGGUUCUUCAGCAUCUGCGGGCUGCAGGAGGGCUACGAGCCCUUCGCCAUCAACAUGAAGAGACCCAUCACCCUCUGGUUCAGCAAGAGCCUCCCCCAGUUCGUCCCAGUGCCCCCCGACCACCCCCAACUGGAGGUGACUAGGAUGGAUGGGACAGUGGAGACGCCGCCAUGCCUGCGGCUAGCCCACCGAGCCCCCAGCUCCCCGGCCACGUCGCCCGAGCUCCUCUUCCUCCGCCUCAGCCUCCCCGUCCAGUUCCACCCUCGCUUUCGCUGCACCCCCGGGGCCACCCCCCUGCCGCAGGCCCCCCCUGAGCCCCCCGAGGACGUCAGCCUCGAACCCCUCUCCGAAUUUGAACGCCUCCGUCGCUCAGCCGGGCCCAGGAACCCCGAAGGCGAAGGUGAGGGCGAGAAGGGGCCUGGGGGUGGUCCGGCCACCCCGGCCCCCCGGGACCAGCCCCGUGUUGAGAACGAGAAGGAUGCGACCACCGAGAAGGGCAAGACCCGGAGGGGGUUUCUGUUCAAGGCCAGGAAGACACCAUUCACGCCCCCCCCUGCAGUGCCCACUGUCCCCCGUCUCGAGGAGGACGUGGUCCCCGACGAGCGUGACGACCCCGAGGUCAUCAUGAACACCACCACGUACUACUACUCGGUGCGGAUCUUCGCGGGGCAGGAGCCCUCCAGCGUCUGGGUGGGCUGGGUGACCCCCGACUUCCACCAGCACGACCCCACCUUCGACCUCUCCCGCGUCCGCACCGUCACCGUCACCAUGGGUGAUGACAAGGGCAACGUGCACGACAGCAUCAAGCGGAGCAACUGCUACAUGGUGUGGGGGGGGGAGUUUGCCAGCACCACGCAGCAGGCGCGGGUCAGCCACACCGACCUGGUCAUCGGCUGCCUGGUGGACCUGGCCACCGGCCUCAUGACCUUCACUGCCAACGGCAAGGAGAUCAACACCUUCUUCCAGGUGGAACCCAACACCAAGCUCUUCCCGGCCGUCUUCGCCCUCCCCACCAGCCAGAACGUCAUCCAGUUCGAGCUGGGCAAGCUCAAGAACAUCAUGCCCAUCUCGGCUGCCAUGUUCAGCAGCGAGCGGAAGAACCCGGAGCCACAGUGCCCACCGCGCUUGGCCAUCCAGCUCCUGACACCCGUCACCUGGAGCCGUAUGCCCAACGAGUUCCUGGGCGUGGAGACCACCCGCCUGAGCGAGCGGCAGGGCUGGGUGGUGGAGUGCACCGAGCCCCUCGUCAUGAUGGCCCUCCACAUCCCCGAGGAGAACAGGUGCAUCGACAUCAUGGAGCUGUCGGAGCAGCUGGACCUGCUGCGGUUCCAGUGGCACACGCUGAAGCUGUACUGCGCCGUCUGCGCCCUGGGGAACAACCGGGUGGCCCACGCGCUCUGCAGCCACGUGGACCAGGCGCAGCUCCUCUUCGCCAUCGAGAGCCCCGAGCUGCCGGGACCGUUGCGCGCCGGCUACUACGACCUGCUGCUGGCCAUGCACCUCGAUGCCGCCCAGCGCGCCCGUGCCUCCAUGAGCGCCGAAUUCAUCAUCCCCAUGACCGAAGCCACCAAAAGCAUCACCCUCUUCCCCAACGGCGGGCGAGCGCCUGGACCCCCUGGCGUGGGUCCCAGCGCCUGUUUGCGACCCCAGCCCCAUUUUGCCGAACCUUGUUUCGUCUUGGCGGCCGGCAGCGGGCGGGCGCCGCUCAGUCCUGGCAUCCCCUUGGGGGCUUUGGGGGCUCGGGCCAUCAGGAUGCUGGCGGAGGCGGUGGCCGGCGGGGGACCCCACGCCCGGGAUCCGGUGGGCGGCAGCGUGGAAUUCCAGCUGGUGCCAGUGCUGAAGCUGGUGUCGGCGCUGCUGGCCGUGGGUGCGCUGGGGGACGAGGACGUGCGCCGUGUCCUCCAGAUGAUCGAGCCCAGGGUCUUUGGGGAGCCUCGGCGGGAGGCCCCAGCCGAUGGCGAGGAGGAGGAGGAGGAGGCGCGGAGGAAGGCCAUCGAGGCGGGGGAGAUGGAGGAGGAGGAGGAGGAGGAGAAGAAGGAGAAAGAGGAGGAGGAGGAGGAGGAGAAGGAAGGGCUGGAGGAAGGGCUGCUGCAGAUGAAGCUGCCUGAGUCGGUCAAGCUGCAGAUGUGCAACCUGCUGCAGUACUUCUGCGAGCGGGAGCUGCAGCACCGCGUGGAGGCCAUCGUCGCCUUCUCGGAGCGGCACGUGGAGCGGCUGCAGCGCGACCAGCACCGCCGCUAUGGGCAGCUGAUGCGGGCGCUCACCAUGUCGGCCGCCGAGACCGCCCGGCGCACCCGCGAAUUCCGCUCGCCACCCCAAGAGCAGAUCAACAUGCUGCUGCAGUACAAGGGGGGGGCGGACGAGGAGGAGUGCCCAGUGCCCGAGGACAUCCGUGACGAGCUCCUUGACUUCCACAAUGACCUGCUGGCACACUGCGGCAUUGAGCUGGCGGGCGAGGAAGAGGAGGAGGAGGAGGAGGCGUCCCUGCGGCAGCGGCUGCUGGGGCUGGUGCAGAAGGUGGUGGGGCUCCGGGGGACAGCGACAGAGGAGGAGGCACCCCCUGAGGAGCCACUGGUGCCCAGUAUGCGGGGCUCGACUCCCCUGGACGUGGCAGCCGCCUCCGUCAUUGACAACAACGAGCUGGCGCUGGCGCUGAAGGAGCAGGACCUGGAGAAGGUGGUGACAUACCUGGCGAGCUGUGGGCUGCAGAGCUGCCCCAUGCUGCUCUCGAAGGGGUACCCUGACAUCGGCUGGAACCCCUGUGGGGGCGAGCGCUACCUCGACUUCCUCCGCUUCGCCGUCUUCGUUAAUGGUGAGUACAUCCGUCCCUCCAUGCUGCAGCAUCUCCUCCGCCGCCUGGUCUUUGAUGUCCCCAUCCUCAACGAGUUCGCCAAGAUGCCCCUCAAGCUGCUGACGAACCACUAUGAGCGGUGCUGGAAGUACUACUGCCUGCCCAGCGGCUGGCCCAACCAGGGGGUCAGCUCAGAGGAGGAGCUGCACCUCACCCGCAAGCUCUUCUGGGGCAUCUUCGAGUCCCUGGCACACAAGCGGUUCGAUGCGGAGCUGUACAAGCUGGCCAUGCCGUGCCUCUGCGCCAUCGCUGGUGCCCUCCCCCCCGACUAUGUGGACGCCAGCUACUCCUCCAAGACUGAGAAGAAGGCUUCUGUCGAUGCUGAGGGCAACUUUGACCCCAAGCCUGUUGAGACCCUCAAUGUCAUCAUCCCAGAGAAGCUGGAUGGCUUCAUCAACAAGUAUGCGGAGUACACCCAUGAGAAGUGGGCUUUCGACAAGAUCCAGAACAACUGGUCUUUUGGGGAGACGGUGGAUGAAGAAGCCAAGACCCACCCCAUGCUGCGACCCUACAAGACCUUCUCUGAGAAGGACAAGGAGAUCUACCGGUGGCCCAUCAAGGAGUCCCUGAAGGCUAUGCUGGCCUGGGAGUGGAUGGUGGAGAAGGCCCGUGAGGGCGAGGAGGACAAGGUGGAGAAGAAGAAGACCCGCAAGAUCUCCCAGUCUGCCCAGGCCACCUACGACCCCAGCCACGGCUACAGCCCCCAGCCCGUGGACCUGUCGGGGGUGACGUUGUCCCGGGAGCUGCAGGACAUGGAGCUGGACACGUCCUCCAUCGAGAAGCGCUUCGCCUACGGCUUCCUGCAGCAGCUGCUCAAGUGGAUGGACAUCUCCCAGGAGUUUAUCGCCCACCUGGAGGCGGUGGUGAGCAGCGGGCGGGUGGAGAAAUCCCCCCAUGAACAGGAGAUCAAGUUCUUCGCCAAGAUCCUGCUGCCCCUCAUCAACCAGUAUUUCCACAACCACUGCCUCUACUUCCUCUCCACCCCAGCCAAGGUGCUGGGCAGUGGUGGGCACGCUUCCAACAAGGAGAAGGAGAUGAUCACCAGCCUCUUCUGCAAGCUGGCCGCACUCGUCCGCCACCGCGUCUCGCUCUUUGGGACCGAUGCACCGGCCGUGGUGAACUGCCUGCACAUCCUCGCCCGCUCCCUGGAUGCCAGGACGGUCAUGAAGUCGGGCCCCGAGAUCGUCAAAGCAGGGCUGCGGUCCUUCUUCGAGAGCGCCUCCGAGGACAUCGAGAAGAUGGUGGAGAACCUCAAGCUGGGGAAGGUGACGCAGAGCCGCACGCAGGUGAAGGGGGUGGCCCAAAACAUCAACUACACCACGGUGGCCCUCCUGCCCGUCCUCACCUCCCUCUUCGAGCACGUGGCGCAGCAUAACUUUGGGGACGACGUCAUCCUCGACGACGUCCAGGUCUCCUGCUACCGCAUCCUGUGCAGCAUCUACUCGCUGGGCACCACCAGGAACCCCUACGUGGAGAGGCAGCGCCCGGCGCUGGGGGAGUGCCUGGCCCGCCUGGCCGCCGCCAUGCCUGUGGCUUUCCUGGAGCCGCAGCUCAACGAGUUCAACCCCUGCUCCGUCUACAGCACCAAGUCGCCCCGCGAAAGGGCCAUCCUGGGGCUCCCCAGCCGGGUGGAGGAGAUGUGCCCCGACAUCCCCGACCUGGAGCGGCUGAUGCGGGACAUCGGGGGGCUGGCGGAGUCGGGGGCCCGCUACACUGAGAUGCCCCAUGUCAUCGAGGUGACCCUCCCCAUGCUCUGCAACUACCUGCCCCGAUGGUGGGAGCGCGGCCCCGACACCCUGCCCCAGGGACCCUGGGCCACCGCUGUCACCGGCCAGCACCUCAACGCCCUCCUGGGAAACAUCCUUCGCAUUGUGGUCAACAACCUGGGCAUUGACGAAGCCUCCUGGAUGAAGCGCCUGGCAGUGUUCGCCCAGCCCAUCGUCAGCAAGGCAAAGCCAGAGCUGCUGCGCUCCCACUUCAUCCCCACGAUGGAGAAGCUGAAGAAGCGGGCGGGCAAGGUGGUGGCCGAGGAGGAGCAGCUCCGCAUGGAGGCCAAGACGGAGGGGGAGGAUGCCGAGCUGCUCAUCCGGGAUGAGUUCUCCGUCCUCUGCCGUGACCUCUAUGCACUUUACCCCCUGCUCAUCCGCUACGUGGACAACAGCCGGGCCAAGUGGCUGACAGAGCCCAACGAGGAUGCAGAGGAGCUGUUCCGCAUGGUUGGGGAGGUCUUCAUCUACUGGUCCAAGUCCCACAACUUCAAGCGAGAGGAGCAGAACUUCGUGGUGCAGAAUGAGAUCAACAACAUGUCCUUCCUCACUGCCGACAGCAAAAGCAAGAUGGCCAAGUCCGGAGAUGGCCAGGGGGGUGGCUCAGAGCAGGAGCGGACGAAGAAGAAGCGUCGCGGGGACCGGUACUCCAUCCACACCUCCCUCAUCGUCGCUACCCUGAAGAAGAUGCUGCCCAUCGGCCUCAACAUGUGCUCACCCACUGACCAGGAGCUCAUCAGCCUGGCCAAGAGCCGCUAUGCCCUGAAGGACACGGAUGAGGAGGUGCGGGAGUUCCUCAACAACAACCUGCACCUGCAGGGCAAGGUGAGUGUGUGGUGGGGGUCCUUGGGGUGCUCAUGGAGGUGUGGGGGUCCUGGUGAUGCUCUGGGGGGUCUCAGGGUGCCCAGGUGACACUCCCGCCUCCUUCCCCCCCCCCAGACGGAGCACCCCUACAAGUCGAAGAAGGCAGUGUGGCACAAGCUGCUCUCCAAGCAGCGCCGCCGGGCUGUGGUCGCCUGCUUCCGCAUGACGCCCCUCUACAACCUGCCCAGCUGUCACAUCGAGGAAGGGGAAGACGAGGAGAAGAAGGAGGAGGAGAAGGAAGAAGAAGAAGCCGAGGACUCAUUUGAGGAGAAGGAGAUGGAGAAGCAGAAGCUGCUGUACCAGCAAGCCCGGCUGCACACGCGGGGGGCGGCCGAGAUGGUGCUGCAGAUGAUCAGUGCCUGCAAGGGGGAGCGGGGCGACAUGGUGUCCUCCACCCUCAAGUUGGGCAUCUCCAUCCUCAACGGGGGCAACGUUGAGGUGCAACAGAAAAUGCUGGACUACCUGAAGGAGAAGCGGGAGGUCGGGUUCUUCCAGAGCGUCCAGGCGCUGAUGCAGACCUUGGUCCCUGUGUCCCUGUCCCCCCCCACCCCACCACUGAUGGUGUCCGUCCGGUGGCAGGAGUCCAUCAGCGACUUCUACUGGUACUACUCGGGGAAGGACGUGAUCGACGAGCAGGGGAAGCGCAACUUCUCCAAGGCCAUGGCUGUGGCCAAGCAGGUCUUCAACAGCCUCACCGAGUACAUCCAGGGUCCCUGCACGGGGAACCAGCAGAGCCUGGCUCACAGCCGCCUCUGGGACGCUGUCGUCGGCUUCCUCCACGUCUUCGCGCACAUGAUGAAGAAGCUGGCCCAGGACUCCAGCCAGAUCGGGCUGCUGAAGGAGCUGCUGGACCUGCAGAAGGACAUGGUGGUGAUGCUGCUGUCCCUGCUAGAAGGCAACGUGGUGAACGGGACCAUUGCUCGGCAGAUGGUGGACAUGCUGGUGGAGUCCUCCAGCAACGUCACCAUGAUCCUCAAGUUCUUCGACAUGUUCCUGAAACUGCGGGACAUCGUGGCCUCAGACGCCUUCCGCGACUACGUCUCAGACCCGCGAGGUCUCAUCUCCAAGAAGGACUUCCAGAAGGCGAUGGACAGCCAGAAGCAAUACGAACCCGCCGAGAUCCAGUUCCUGCUCUCCUGCUCGGAGGCGGACGAGAAUGAGAUGAUCGACGUGGAAGCCUUUGCCGGUCGCUUUCAAGAACCUGCUCGCGACAUCGGUUUCAACGUGGCCGUGCUCCUCACCAACCUCUCAGAGCAUGUUCCCCAUGACCAACGUCUCCGGACCUUCUUGGAGCAAGCGGCCAGCAUCUUGGAGUAUUUCCGUCCUUUUUUGGGACGGAUCGAGAUCAUGGGAGCCGCUCGGCGGAUCGAACGCCUCUACUUCGAGAUCAGCGCCGCCAACAAGGCACAGUGGGAGAUGCCCCAAGUGAAGGAAUCCAAGCGCCAGUUCAUCUUCGAUGUGGUCAACGAGGGGGGGGAGGCGGAGAAGAUGGAGCUCUUCGUCAGCUUCUGCGAGGACACCAUCUUCGAGAUGCAGAUUGCCUCUCGCCUCUCCGAGGAGGAACCCCCCCGGGAAGAAGGAGAGGAUGAGGAGCAGGAGGAAGAAGAGGAGACCCCUGAUCCCACCGCUCCACCUCCCCUCUCCGAACCCACCUCAGCUUUUGGGGAGCUGUUGGCGGGGGCUGGGGGGUUGCGACGUUUGUUGGGGUCCCCCCAAACCUGGCGGCGACGGUUGCGACGGUUGCGACGCCGGCCGGGUCGGGAGUUGGCCACAGAGAAUGGGGAGAAGGCUGGGGCAGAGGGGGCCGAGGCGGGGCCCGAGCCUGGUGCCCCCGAGAAGAGAAGGAAAUCGGUCCCCCGGGAGCGGAAGGAGCCGCCGGCUGAAGGAGCCUUCGAGUUCUGGACUGAGCUGGAGGUCCAGAGGGUCAAAUUCCUGAACUACUUGUCCAGGAACUUCUACAACCUGCGGUUCCUGGCGCUCUUCCUCGCCUUCGCCAUCAACUUCAUCCUCCUCUUCUACAAG